AUGAAGAAAAUCUGGUUAAAAUCGACAGACAAAGCCCUGGCUCUCCUCAAAGAGCUUCCUUUGUACCCUAUCACCUCAGACAACCCCCUUCAUCAGACCCUCGACUCGGAAGACAAAGCUCUUGAAUUGUAUGCGCGCAAGCAUAUGAUUGAUGGAAUAUUCUACUUGGGAGAUGAUGGGAAACGAUAUGUGAUUGGCCCAGAUAUCAAUUAUUUCUCAGAAAAGGAUUAUAGUGAUCAGCCUUGGCAUUAUUCCUUCCACCUGUUGAGGACGACAAGGCAUGCCAGACGAAGGGCAUACAUCGACCGUCCUAAGCCGGCUGAAGAUCGAGCGAUCGUGACCCACUGCAGUGAACAAGGCUGGAAUGUACCUGUGGAUGAUCCCAGACAUUUGAUGGCGCUGCCAGCAGAGAUCCUCCGAAACAUCCUUGAGCUAUGCCUGACAGUGAGCAGACCAUUAUCACUACAGCCAAAUAUGACGACAAGCGGCAGCACAGCAUACUUCCAGAAGAAAAACCACACCAUCAUCACUCCCAGUCCCUUCAAUAAUGGGGGAAGUCGUAAAGACAAACCCUUCGUGAGAGUCGCACGCCAAGACGACUAUGGCCCAUACACUGAGCUGAGAAGACUCUAUCGUGCAGCAAUUGAUGCAACCUGCCUGCGGGCUUGCAAGAAACUCAAUAAUAUUGGCAGCGAAUUAUUAUACGGGAGAAAUGAGUUCUUUGUCGACUUGGAUACCGUCUGCUGCCCUUCAUACAUUUUGGACCACAAUGCUAUGACAGGCUACCAACAAAGACCCUACAAACCUUUCCCGGAGAAUGACCCAGAAAUCCGCCAACGCAUCAAGGAAAUUCAAUCCGGGGUUCAGUUGAGAGAUCCUUAUCACUGGAUAUCCUCGGCGAGUUUUCUACGAUUUCUCUUGACCAUCGGACCUACCAACACUUCGAUGAUCAGGAGUCUUCAGUUCAGUGGCAGAUUCAAGCUUCAUGAAUGCUCCGAAUUUACCUGUAACUAUGAUGACUGCACCGAUGGUUUGAUUGAGUGCCUGCGAUAUUACUUGCCAUUUGUCAUCGCUUGUUGCCCAAACGUUCAGAAAGUUACGCUCUAUGCAGACGAGGAUUAUUCUUUUGAUGGUACUCCUGCAGAUGUUGCUCAGAACCGGGAUAAGGUUCUUGCACCUUUCUUGGAGGAGAACAUGCCAAAGAUUCCUGGGCUGAUAAAUUUGGACGUCUUUGAUGGACUUGAGACCAUGCAACGCUUGGCAUGUGCUGAGCCUGCUCGCAAGUUGUUGAAAGACAGAGCAAGUCAGCAGGCUAAGGCAGUCUUUGAGACACGAUCUGUUCAGCAGGAAAGUGCAGUGGCUACAUUAUCUGGCAUGAGUGAGCCGUCAGAAGACAGCGAAGUCGAAGAGCCCAUCAUCAACACACAAGAUGAGACUUCGGCAUUGCGACGCUUGUGGCGAAGAUCUAAUUUCGGCCUCCUUCCAUGAUCUGUUCGACUACGGAGAUUAUGAUCGUCAGGACGUACAUAUCCCACGCCACGACAUAUGUUUAAGGGAGAAGUACUGGCUAUAAGAGCUCAAUCAGCAAUUGAGACUGGACGAUACGAGCGUUGCGAAUACUACAAGACAAGGAGUGGCAAAUUUUUUGACUAGAUUAUUCG